UCGCAUUGCUGGGAAUUGAGGCGAGCGCUAGGUCAAAUAUUUCGCGCGCGAGGCGGCGAAUCCAGGCUCCCAGGGGGCGGACGGCAGCGAGCGAUUUGCUGGAUUCGAGCGUUUUCGGUCAAAGUCUUGUGAUUCGGGAAGAAUGUGUUGGAUUUCGAGGUACUGAUCGGCGAGAACAGUGAGGGGAGAAUGGUAAUACCAGUUAGUGCAAGGCCCAACAUCUGGAACUCGACACUUCCGGCCCAGGAAACCGAGCUAGCUGAUCAAGAAGUGGACAGAACCACAACACUCUUCUCUUAUGACGAAGGCCAGUAUUUGUCCGAGGACGAAGAUGGCGCCAAGGAGCAGGCACGCAAAGACACCCUCAAGCUCCAAGAGGAAGCAAUGCGGUGUGCUCAGUCACUAGAAGACACUGAGGGGCUGGAAGAGGUGGCCAUGUUUAGCGACAAGAUGCUCAGCUAUGGCAGCGGAUUCGGCUCCUUCAGAUCAGCUCCAGGGGAUCACUUUCUGGCAUCCAGCAAUGGAACUCAGGCGGACGAAGCCGAGGAAGAGCGGCUAGUUUCGGCGUCCAGUGCUACGUCUCCAGCAUGGUACCGAGGGGAUUUGUCGAGCCACUGUGGCCGGGGCUGCUGUGGAAGUCCGUGGCAGACGUAUACACCGACGAGAAGCUUGCUCGGCGGCGUCGAGUACGUCGAAGAGGAGCUCCUCUCGGCGAAGAAGCCGUGGAGGGGCAGCAGCGCAUCCCAAAGCUCGAGGGAUCUGGUGAGUGCGAGCGCCGUCCAGAGUUUGCUGGUUGCAAAGCUCAAGCAGAGGAGCGGUAUGGGCGGCGGCGGCGGCAGCAGCGACAGUGGCACCAGCGUCUCGAGCAUCGUACAAGAGAUUCUAGCGAGGGAGAUUAGCGAGCAGACCGCAAUAGUUCUGCAAGCUCUGGAGCAAGCGCAGCAUUCAAGCUUCUAAAAGAGUUAAUAAGUUUAUUAUUUCAAAGCUUUCAAUUCUAAACAUUGGUUAGUAGCUAAA